UGUGCCUCUCAUGCUGGGCUCUCCUCUCAUUCUGCUGGGGAACAACAGAGAGCAGGAUGUGGCUGCUUCAUCUGCACUGCUGAAGUUUUCCAUCUCAUAGCCCUACUUUCUCUCAGGACAAUGUAUGUUGUCUGCUAAGAACAAAAUAUGAAGACUGUCAUAAGAAACCUGGAGUCAAAGAACUUUGUCAGAGUGCUUCAGGGAGGACUAGAGCCUUGCUGAGAAGAAAGUGGGAAAGAAAGAAAAACAAAACCCAAACUCUAGUUUUUCGAUCCUCCGUGAAGUGGACUAUGUUCUGGCAUUCCUUCUCAGAGCCACCGGAAGCAUUCCUCCCAACAAAGGUGGAGUUGGUGGUGAGAAGCCAGAGGUGAGAAGCCUCCUGGGAGAACAGAUUGAUCAAUGUUUUGAGUUUCCUAUGUGGAGAUAGUAGCUGAGCCUGGCAAGGCUUUGAGAGCCCAAGAUGAGCACCAACAGCAGCACAGUGGGCCAGCUCCUCUGGCAGGGGCCCGUCUGCAGUAGCUGGAAGCAGGAUAUGGAAGGGGCUGUCUACCACCUGGCCAACUGCUUCUUGCUCUUAGGCUUUAUGGCAGGCAGUGGGGUGUAUGGAUGUUUCUAUCUUUUUGGUAUCCUGGGCCCAGGCUACCUUUGCUAUGUGCUGUGGGGUUGGCUGGAUGCCUGUGGGCUGGACAUCAUCCUUUGGAGCUUCCUGCUGACAGUGGCCUGCCUGCUGCAGCUGGCACACCUGGUGUAUCGUCUGCGGGUGGACACCCUCCCUGAGGAGUUUGACCUCCUCUACAAGACGCUGUACCUGCCCCUGCAGGUGCCCCUGCAGGCUUACAAGCAGAUUAUUCACUGCUGCCACGAGCAGGUUCUGACACUGUCCACAGAGCAGACCUAUGCUGUGGAGGGUGAGACAGCCAUCAACCGCCUGUCCCUGCUCCUCUCUGGCCGGAUUCGGGUGAGCCAGGAUGGACAGUUUCUGCACUACAUCUUUCCAUACCAGUUCCUGGACUCUCCCGAAUGGGAAUCACUGCAGCCUUCUGAGGAGGGCACCUUCCAGGUCACUCUCACUGCUGAGACUGAUUGCAGCUACAUUUCCUGGCCCCGGAAAAGCCUCCACCUUCUCCUGAACAGAGAGAGAUAUAUCUCUUGCCUCUUCUCAGCCCUGCUGGGCUAUGACAUUUCAGAGAAGCUCUACACCCUUAACGACAAGCUCUUUGCUAAGUUUGGGCUGCGCUUCGACAUCCGCCUCCCCAGCCUCUACCUUGUCCUGGGUCCCUCAGCCUCAGAUGGAGGGCCAGAGUCUGAGAAGGAUGAUGAGGAAGUCUUCGAGGCAGCUGUAUCCCCUGCCCUGGCCAGGCCCAUCACUGUCCUGCCAACACCCCCUUGUUCGCCCCCUCCAGCUGUCACCAACUUCCCUGCACCUCUGCCCCGGGCCAGGAUGUCCAGGCCUGACAGCAGCGUGCUGGGUGAGGACUCCACCAGUCUGGUGCUGGAGGAUUUUGAGGAGGUGUCAGGAUCAGAGUCGUUUAUGGAUUAUAGGAGUGAUGGGGAGUACAUGAGGUGAGGGCAGAACUAACAUGGGCACAGUCACCGACUCAGGAUCCCAUAUUCUAGAACUCCUUCUCAGAACUCCUCUCACGUUACAUCCAAAGGACAGGCCCCUUUGGCUCCAGUUCAUACUCCUGAACUUUAAGCAUCACUGGACUGUUGUCUCUGCUACAGGAUGGCUCUCUUCUGUGUUCACUGGAUGACUCACUUGUGUGCAUAUCCCUUUUCUCACCCACCAGGAAGCUCCAGGACAAGGUGGGAAUUGACAUGAACUGACAGCAACACAGCAGCCCCAAGAGUGCUGUGGAGCAACCCACCUUCAUGAAAUUCACAGAAGGGGUCCAGAGGCGCCAGGCCUGACUUCAUGCUUUCCGGGUUGUAGGACCAUGGCAGGUUGUGGAGCCUCUGAGCCUUAUCUGUCAAGUGGGGGUAUAACCCACCUCACAGGCUUGUUGUGAAGAUCCAGUGAGUUGAUUUAGGAGAAUCACCUAUCACAUGGUGUGGCACCUAGCAAGCACUCAAUAAAUUGCUCAGCUCCUC